GAGGGGGCGUGGUCAUCUGGCUUCUUUACUUGGCGCCGGAGGUACCUAUUGCCGCAGCAGAAGCAACAGGUGCGCGCAGCUAAGAGGUUUGGGGAGCGGCCGCCGCCGUUGAGAAGCCGAGGUAUUACUGCAUUUCACAAUGGAGCCAUCUCCAUUUAACCGAAGGCAAUGGGCGUCACAUUCACUGAGGAUAACUGCCAAAGAAUUGUCUCUUGUCAAUGUGAACACAUCAUCAGCUCUCCUACAGAGGUUCUCCAAGUACCAGAAGGCAGCUGAAGAAGCGGCUGCGGAGAAAAAAAAAAGUAGCAUUGACCCACUUCCCCCUCAUUUUAAAAGGGGGAACCUCAGCAUCUUGAAGAAGAAGUGGGAAAAUCCAAGCUUGGGGACGCAAGUCCGGAAGGAAGCCGCGGAAAGCUGCCGUGCUGAGGUUAGGCAGAAGGCUGACAGCCCUGGUGGUGGAACUGAAAGCGACUCUGCUUCCCUAGCAGAAAUUAACAAAACCUCAGGGAUUAGCCCAAGAUUGAGACUUCAGUCCUCUUCCAGAUUUUUUGGCCGGUUCAGAUAUCCCAGUGUUGGCAGCGAAGACGAUAAAGCACAGUCAUCUCAGAGCGGGGAGAUGGAAAAUUGUCUUAGAGAGUCCACGCGAGACAUAGGAAAGCUGGAGACCUGUGAAAUCCCAGAACCGUCAGGGAAAAUAGAGAAGUUUAAUGUUCCUCUAAGCAAACUAAAGAUGAUGUUUGAGAGGGGGGAUGCAGUUCAAACCAAGCAGGUUGUUCACGACCAUGGCAGAGCUGCUGAGGGGAGGAUGAUCUCAGAGAGCCACUUCUUUUCAGAGGACCUCGACUUACCUCAUGGAGAAAGGAGCCACAAUUCUUCACUUUCAAGCCCGGAGAAAACAGAGAACAGGAGAAACCUAGAAAUACCUCGCUUUUCAGAAACAUCCAUCAAGGAUAGACUUGCUAAGUACCAAGCGGCUGUGUCCAAGCAGAGUGGCUCUCACAGUAAUGUGAAUGAGAUUCAAACUAAUGAAAAUGAAGACAAAGACUCUAAUUAUGAGCAGAAGGAGAAUUUGCCACCAUGUUCUGACAAUUUGUUUCCCCAGCACCUUGAAGAAAAGGUUCCAGUAAGAGAUGGUUUGAAUUCCAGUCUCUGUGAAGAUGGCACUGCUGGGUGUAACUUCCAGAAAGAGCUUGAAAUUGCAAGACCUGUCUAUGCCAAACAGCAAAGUCCUAAUUCUAGAGCGUCUUCUCAGUCUGACAGCUCUCCUCCCAAAGCAGUGAAGAAAUUUCAGGUGCCAGCAAAGGAAAUAUGUAUUGCUUGCAAGAAGACUGUAUAUCCAAUGGAGCGUCUCUUUGCCAACCAGCAAGUCUAUCACAUUAGCUGUUUCCGCUGUUCUUACUGCAAUAGCAAACUCACACUUGGAACAUAUGCCUCUCUUCAAGGACAUGUUUACUGCAAGCCUCACUUUAACCAGCUCUUUAAAUCCAGAGGUAAUUAUGAUGAAGGUUUUGGACAUAAGCCUCACAAAGAACUAUGGGCAAGCAAAACUGAGACUGAUGACUGUAUUGGAAAUGCCAUGGAAGCCCCUCAUAGUCCAGGAGUAGAAGAUGCCCCAAUUGCAAAAGUUGGGGUUUUAGCUGCCAGCAUGGAAGCAAAAGCUGCUGGAAUGCCUGAGAAGGAGGAAAAAACUACAGAGACAAAAAAGUUGAAGAUUUCCUGGCCACCUCCUCCUGAACAAGGCAGUCAAGGGAGUGUCUUGGAAGAAGGCAUUAAAGUAUUCAAACCAAAGUGGCCCCCAGAGGAUGAGGUUCAGAAACCAGAUCCCCAGGAAGAAGUAGACCAAGAUCUUAAGAAGCUACGCAGAACAUCAUCAUUAAAAGAAAGAUGUCGACCAUUUACGGUAGCUGCCUCAUUUAGAACAGUAUCUGUGAGGAACUAUCGAAUGGAAAACUCAUCUCCUCCCAAGCACGAAACAAGUACAGCACGGCAAUGUGACGAGCUUGUGAAGGAAACGGCAGUCAAUAACAAACCGAAGGAAGAAAGCAGUACAAUUGAGUAUGUCGGUACCCCAAACACUGCCGAGAAGGAUAGAGAACUAGAUCAGGAAAAGGAAGAAGCACAAAAUGAAGCGUUCCUGUUUAAGAAUGGGCAGAAUAAUGCUGAGCCUGAAGAAGAAGAGGAGGAUGAAGAAGAAGGUGCAGGACAGCCAGCAUUUCUUGAGAAAGAACCAAUGAUUUGUAUCUCUCCAGAAUAUUCAUCCUUGAUUCUCUCAAGUGAAAAAGAAUUCUCCACUAGUCCAAAUUAUAGCUCCAAAGAUGCAAGGCUUUUUGAAGGAGAAGACCAAGAUGAUUUAAGUGUGGAAGAACAGAUCAAGAGGAACAGAUACUAUGAUGAAGAUAAUAAUGAAGAAUAGAUUUUGUUCUCUUUUUUUUCUUUAAAUAGAAGACUUACUGAAAAGUGCAGAGCCUUAAGUUGGAGUUUAAUGUUUUGUUAUUUCCUAAAGCAGGCGUCUUUACAAAAGUGACACUUGUGUUGCAAAUUAGAGUGAAAAUCACAUAACUCUUCAGAUUUGUUUUAUAGGAAUAUAUUUUGGAACAUGCAAGAAUGUUACCAAUUUUGUGAUAAAGUUUAAACACUUAAAAUUGUGGAGAUAGCUGCUGCCUCAGUUGAGCAAAAAUGUAUUUCACAUUCCAUUCUGUAACUUAAGUCACUUAAAAGGCAUUGUAUUCCCUUCUGCUUACCACAGUUUCAGCCAUUUCACAGUUGAGUGAAAGAGAGAGGGCUUUGAUAUACUUCAUUAUGACAUUAUCACUAUUAACAAUACUACUGCAGAGCUUCCAGAUCAGUUUCCAAGGGAUGGGGACUACUUUAAAAGAGACUGCACUUUAAUGUAUAUAUAAAAACAGAGUAAUACUUUUUUAAAAUGGUGGUAACACUGUUUUCAAGAGAGGUAUUGUUCAGUACCUACAGUAUGGUAUGCAGUCUGAAAUUUGAUAGAAGAGGAAGACUGAUUGCUUGAUCAGGAUUAGGAGAGAAUCUGUCCACUUUGCCUUUUAUUUUAUUUUAUUUUAUUUUGUCCAUACAACUCUAGUUGUAAAUUGGCACCCAGAUGCCUAUGAAUCAAUUGGCUUUCUUCAAGCUGGGCUUAGGAGCAUCUUUGUUCCCAAGAAUCAGCUAAAGGAUGGCAAAGUUUCUGUCUUUCAGAUAUUAUAUUUACCUUCUAUACUUCCUGUCCCGAAUAACAUUUUCCUCUUGAAAACUUGAUUCUCUCUUUUGGCAAGCAAUCAGAGUUCUCUAUGAACCAAACUGCCAGAUUUGACUUGGUGUGAAAAAAGUUGCAAGAAAAAGAAGCUAUAUUUUUUUUUUUGAAACUGAUAGCCUUAUGCGAUUAGAGCUUUUCAGCUAAGCUGCAUGUGUUAUAUAAAACAUGGUGUUUUGAAUUGGUUAAAUGCUUUGUUGCAAUAAUUUUAAUAGGGUUAUGCAGCGCUUUGGAUUCAAUUCCAAAAUGGAACUUGAAAGUCUGUGGAGCAUAAAACCUAGUACCUUCAGGCAGCUUUUUAAAGCAUCCUUGUCUUUUUCCAGAUCAGAUGGCAACUGCAGAGGGCUUAUGAGCAAUCCUGGGAAAAGAUGUGGCUACUUUAAAAAGUUGCAGACCAAUGCUUAGUUUACACAUUUACGUGUUCUGAAGCACCUUUUGGGAAGUGGCUCUGAUGCAUUGUAUAAACCCUUAUUUUUAAUUUGUAUUAUUUGUUUACUUAAAUUCUAGCUAUAAUUUUACAAUUGUGAAAUAUCUUGCUUUUCUUACCAUUAUUAUAUAGUUUGAAACAUUUUUACUUAAAUAAAUGCUCUGUCAUUUUUUUUUGUGGAAAGCUUUUAAUCCAGACUCUUUUUUAUAGAAUCCUAUUUUUCACCAGGAGGUGGCACUAUUUGGCUUGUUGUAUGGUAACUAUUUUCUUAAACGUUUGUUCUAAAUACCUAGGUCUUAAACUAGCCCCUAUGGGAAUAUUAGUAGAUACCUAGUAAUCGAAUUCUUUUUUUUUUAAUAGUGUAAAGAGUUUAGCUUCCAUCAUGCAUGACAAAUAGAAAACAAUGAAACAUCAGUUUAAGCAUACUUGAAAGCCCAGAAUACACUUGGUUAUAAGCAUGCAAGUUUAGCCAAUUACAGUGCAUUUCAUAAACUCCUUGACGGUUUUUUAUGAUACAUAUAACUAGAAGAUAAAUGUAAAUAGAGGUUUGGGAACUAUAAUACCUGUAAUAACUCAGCUCUGACAUUUAAUAUGCCAUUAACCAUCAUAGACACACAUGCUUACCCUUAUCUAGUCCUUGGCUUAAGCUAACAAGCUGUGAUUUGGCUUCCUUUUUUUAUCAUUCCAACUGUGUACAGUACAGUAGAUACAGAGAUCUUACUGAGUCAGAAGUCAGAUUCUAAGCUCUUAUAGAGGAUUUCUUCCUAGUCCUGCCAAAUUACUUUGGGAAUGCAACAUAAAUUCUUAAGCCUUUGUCACACCACUCUAAAAAUACCCUGAUAAAGCUAUUUAGCAUUUGUAAGUCUCUUUCAGAAUGCUUCAGAUAUUUGACCUCCAGAAUCCUUCAGGCAGGCAGUAAUGCAUUUAUUAGCAUAAUGGAGGGCACCAUCUCGACACAAGACUUUCGGCAUCUCUGCAUAAGAGUUUUGCACCAGGCAAAGAUUGGUUGUAAACCUCUACAGUUUUCUGAAGGUACACGGCUUCUGGCUCUGAACAGUUCACUUGAAACCAGAGUAAAAUCUGGUUUUCAUUUUCUAACAUGGCAGAGGCUUAGCGCUGGUCCAUUUUUCAAAUUGACAAGAGUGCUAAUGGAGUCCCAAAUUCUGAGCUCGAGCCAUUAUUUUAUUUGUAGAAGUUGGAGCAUGGUCAGUAACUUCAGCUUUCCUGUCGUAACAACACACAGCCAUAAUCAGAACAACUGGGGAAUCUGCCAAUGAGUAAAUAGAGGACAACAACUUUGCAGUUAAGAAACCUGUCAUGGAUGUUGCUCAGAGACAGAACUAAAACUGCUACGGGUAUGCUAGCAAAAUAGAUAAAAAUGAGAAUGAUUGCAAUUGGGCUUCUUCCAGUUUUGCAAGGCAGUUGGGAAUGAAGAUGGUAAUAAUGUCAAAGUACUCACAAAGCACCUCACCUAAAACCACUUGUAGAAUUCAUGGUCUGAGUAGAGAUUUCAGUUAGACCUUUCAUGAACAAUUCAGUCUUGAGCAUUAUAUGCACCUAACUCAUGAAGUAAUUAAGCUUUUCCAAGGACCACUGGUAGUCCUCAACUUAC